AUGGACACCCUAGCGCGCUAUGCCAAUCCGCCCUUCAACUACCUUGGCACCACCCUCUUCCUGUCCUACAUCCUCCUCGCAUUCUACUUCACUUUCACCAUAUCGCUUUCUCUGUAUGGCCAAUAUAAGCGGCUGUCAGGUCUGAAAGUAGCAGAAGACGUCAAGAAUGCAAGAAGGCGCCAUAUCAAGAUCUAUGCGUUCCUGGCAUCCAUCGGCUUCGCACUAUUAUCAUACAACAUGUUGAGCUUCUUAAUCCAGUCUUUAACAACAUGGGCGCGAACGCAGAAUCUACUAGGCAGAAGACUUAGUCUACUGGAUCUGAGAUUCUGGAUGCUAGAGACCAACUUAUUUGGGACUUUCGCACAAGAGCUGGUACAAAAGAGACCCAGCGCAUUCUGGACGCAGGCAGCAUUAUUGGCGACGUGGUUCUGGAAUGUAUGGAUGGCCUUCAAAGGCCUAUCACCUGAUGCGCAUCUGAAAGAAACGCAAGAAAAGAGCCCCACCACAAAGGCAGCCCCAAAGACAGAAACGCCACAACCUCAGGCGAAGAAAACGUCACUUGUGAUACCGACCAUUCUGUUCAACGCUGCCCUCCUCGCCCUAUCAUCACUAAGAAGCCAUUCUAUUUUCAUGCCGCUCGUCCUCUUCACCCGGCUUUUACUUCUUGUCCCGCACACCGGGCGGUUACGUUUCAGUCAAAAUGACAUAUUGCAAAGCGUAUCUAUAUCUUUCGGAUUUCUAGUCGCCAAUCUCACCAUGUCGAGAGGGACAACUACGUUCCGAGAGGUUGUCGCAGGAUUAAGCAACGGCGGCUUCGCAACGAAGACACUGGGCUACGAUGCAGAGUUGGGGUUGUUGAUAUGUGCGAUCUUGGGAUGGGGCGGCGGCGUAUAA